AUGAGCGAUCUUCAAACAGCAAUUGAACAAGCUAAGGAAGCUUUAUCUGGGAACAAUGCCAAGAAAGCUUUAAAAAUUUUGAAACCAUUCAAGAAAUCAUUAAAAUCAGAGAACUCUUCCAAUGUGAUUCUUUUAGAAACAUUUGCUGAUGCAUAUUUAGAAAAUGGUCAAGUUGAUAAGGCGUAUCCAUUAUUAUCUCAAUCAUGUGAAUUAGAUCCCAAUGGGACUGUUGGUGGAGCCAGUAAAUUUUUCACAUUAGGUCAAAUUACAGGUGGCCAAGAUGGUAUUAACAUAUUAGCUAAAGGUAUUGAAAAUAUAUCAACGAUAGCAGGGGAUACAUUGACACAAGAACAAACUUCUAAAAUUGUUAGUGGACUUUUAUCUAUGAUUGAAAUUUGGAUGACUGAUUUGUGUAUGGAACCAAACGCUGAAGAGCAAUGUGAAGAAUUGAUUGGCAAAGUGAUGGAGAUUUCUGAAAAUAAAUCGCCUGAAGGUUGGUUGACUUUAGGUUCUAUUCGAAUUUCGCAACAAAGGUAUUCAGAAGCGUGUGAAGCUUUUGGCCAAUCAUGGAAUUUAUUUGAAGCGAAAAAGCAAGCAAUUGGACAAGAUAACAUAGAGCAUGAUGAUGUCGCGCUUAAUGGAGAAUAUGUGGAAUUAUUACAACCAUUGUUAGGUUUGGCCAAAAUGUGUAUAGAAGUGGGUCUAUAUGAUAUUGCUCUUAAAGUAGUUGGAGCCGUUAAGGAAAUUGAUGAAGAUAAUUUAGAAGCUUAUUAUUUAGAAGGUUUUACUUUCUAUUUGAUUAGUAAAGUGGAAGUUUUCAAAAAAACCAAUCCAUCAGCAAAUCUUUCUCCAGAAACUAUGAAUGAAUUAAAUCAACAUAUCCAAGAACUACCGUUAGAUUUGAAUGACACUUCAAUAAGUGAAAACAUUAGUGAAGCUCGUAUAGCAUUGAGUUUUGCUGAGAAUAUUGGUAAACUUUGCGAUCCAAAUGACGAGAUAUCACAAGAAAUUGUUCAAGGUACAAACGCAUUGUUAUCAGAAUUGGGAGGUAGUAUUGAAGCAAAAGAAUUACAAAAAUUGAGAAAGGGAGAGAAGUUGGAAGGUGAAGAAGACCUGAAUGUUGCAUUAAGUGAUAUUUCUGAUGAGGAAGAUUGA